AUGACGUUUAUCCAUUUGUCGUCACAAGGUGUCAAUGAUCCUAAAACACCGGAAGUAGUUGAACUUCAAGAUAAAAAGCCGGAAGUAACUGAAAAAGAUGGUCAAACGCCUGUAACUGAUAAAGAUGAUAACAAAGCUCCACUUGAAACAAUGAAACGAAGCGUGUACAGCAGCUCCAAAAUGUUCCCUGUGUUGCACGGCACUGAUAAAGAUGAUAACAAAGCUCCACUUGAAACAGAUGUUGAGGAAUCCAGUAAAAAAGAAGAAGAUGCUAAAAUUACUCAAGCUGCUGAAGCUGGUAAAUAA